ACUAAUUUAAUUAGCUACAUUUUUUGUAAACAAAGAGUGGAGCAUUCUCUUCUUUCUCCAUGCCUCUUGUUAGGCCCAGCUCCUCUUACUCCUCGACAAGGGACAACAGGGACGGGUAUCAAAGUAACGAGAGCGCAGACGAUGAGAUAGAGGACCUCCAAAUACCACUUGUACCAGCAGAGAGCCACUCAUCCUCCACUCUUAGAACUAGACCACGACCUAUUAAAUACCCCAGACCUCAUUCCCACUUGUUCUUUAGUCCUACAACUGGCCGGAGCCUGAGAGGAGGCAGACACACUAGGAGAUACGAAAACUCUUUGUUUCUCAAGACUCUAUUCCCCCUGACAGAGGAAGAGAUAGAGGAAGACUAUCAGACGAUAGCCCCACAGCACCAUACCUCAUUCACUCAAGUAUUAUCGGAUAAUCACAAACAAAUACUAUGGGAGAGAUUCUCCAAACUAGGCGAAGAGGAACAGUUUGAUUUGUUAAGAAAGGAAACAGUGAGUACUAGGAAAGGAAAGAAGAUAAAGAAAGAUAAAUAUUAUGAGUCACUUGAAAGGAUUACUCCACAGAUUCGUAGUUUACUCUUACAUGAUAAACGUCUACCGCAAGGCUUUAUAGAAGAUAUAGAGAAAGAACUUUAUGAAUAUUUUGACGAUGACCCAUCAUCUAUUAUAGUUUAUUUAGGACUUACAAGUUACCAUAGGAUGCUAAUUCAUGGGAUAUGUCAAUACAAUCACUACACUUCAGAGACAUAUCACACUGAUAAGAGCACUGCUUACAUUAUGGUGUCGUGUGACACAGAAGAAGUAUCCCCCAUCCCUCCCGUCCCUCUUUAUAAGCUACUGCAAGAUAAGAAUAGGAAGACAUUGUAUUAAGAGCUGGCACUCUCACUAAUAAUUAUAUUGCUUUUGGCAAUAGUGUAUCAUAGUUCUCGGUUAUUACAAUUAUUAAUUUUUUUGCUUAAAAUAAAGUUAGUAAUAGUAUCUUAAA